AUGGCAAAUAAUUUAGAAGCUACUUCUGAAGUUACUUCUUCUUCAUUUUCUCCUAUGUCAAGUUUUAGUACAGAUAAUAAUCAAACAAAUACUUUAGAUGAUAUACAAACAAAUAGUUCUGAAGAAGAAAUUUUAGAUUAUAAUGAUGAUGAAUUUAAUAUAUGGGAAGAAAUACAUAAAAAUGAUAAAUUUGAAAUAGAAGAAAUUAUGAAUUUAAAUAUGAUUGAUAGUGAAAUUAUAUUAAAUAGAUCUAGUCAGAAUAAUGAAAUUGAAAUUAUUGAAAAUAAUAAUUACAAUCCUAUAAGUGUAGUAGAAAGAUUUUUUGAAAAUAAUGAAUUUGAUGAAACUGAAAUUGAACAUGAAAUUUUAAAUAGACAAAAUACUAUUGAGGAUAGAUCAAAUAGUAGUAAUAAGGAAGAUGGCUCUUCACAAUCUGAAUUAGAAGAAACAUUACCAAAAAAAUUUAAAUUUCGGCAACAAAAUUUAAAAAAUUAUAAAGAAUAA